AAUAAGAGAUCAUUCACGUGUCUUGCUCUCUUUUUUUCUUUCCUCACCUCUUUUUUUUCUUUUUCCUUUUCCCAUCCGAUUUCGCUUUUUCUUCUGAGGUUUCUGUUUGUUUCUGGGAAAAGAUUCUCGGCGGUUACGUUUUCUUGACGGUGGGGGAUAUAUAUAUAUACGAGACGGCUCUCGUUAACCCAAACCUCUCAUUCUGAUAUCAAGAAUUUACACAAGAGAGUGGGGAGAAAGAGAUAGACAGACAGAAUGGAAGGAGGAAAGCAAUCGGGUUCUUCAUUUGCUUCUGAUCUUUUCGGGGCAAAGGAUUCUUCUACAGCUGCUUCGUCUUCUGGAAUUUUUGGUUCCAUUUUUCCUCCUCCGCCCAAGGUCAUGGGACAAGAGUCGGUGCGUUCGUCCGAAGCUGAUAAGAAGAAUGACUCUGGAAAUCCAGCAUGGAGUGCGAAGCCUGGAGUUUCAGAUAACAAGGCUGUAGGUGGUGAAGGCCAAAGCCAGGACACGACAAGCAAGGCCAUUAGUUCAUAUUUUCAGGAGGAAAAGGUCCAGCCAUUUCAUUACAGCUCGUCGAUAUACUAUGGUGGUCAAGAUGUCUAUUCUCGGCCCCAGAGUGCCCAGAACACCACUUUCAAUAAAGAUGGCGGCGAAGAUGACUCAGGCAGUGCUUCAAGAGGGAAUUGGUGGCAGGGAUCACUUUACUAUUAAGAGCUCACUAUGGCAUGUGAAUUUACAUAUACCUAUUAGGAAGAUAAAUAUAUCUAGCGCUGUAGCAGUCUAUCCUACUCUUGUAAUAGGAAAAAUAGUGCAUAGUGACAGUUUUAUAUAGCUAAAUGACGGCCUACUUUCGUCUAUCGUUGAACCAUUAUAUGUAACUCUAGCUGGUAACCUUGCGUCUUUUGUCUCUAUAAUGUAAAGGAUAAUGAACGUGGUGCUUUUGGGGCUUCUGACUGUUCGAUGUAUAUGAUAUUUGGUGUGUCUUAGAUAAUCUUUGCAUCAUGCAGAUUCUGGUUUC